UCUCUCCUUAAUCACUCUCUAAUCAAUGGAAGCCUCUUCUCUAUUUUCUCCAAUGCUUCACUCACAACCGUCCAUCGUCACCACACGGCCGCAGAGGAAAAUCGCCACGGUCCAUCAGAAGACACCGCGGACGAACGUCUUCGUGGCCAGAAAUGGGGCCCACGAUCGGAGUUCUGGUGGCCGAUUGGUUGAUGAGAACAUGAUCGUGCUGCGAAAACGGAUCCAUGAGAUGAAGAUGAUCGAGAGGAAUUACGAGCCCCCCGCUGGAUGGAUGGACUGGGAGAAGCGAUAUUACACGUGUUACGACUCGGAUGUGUGCCACGUGGUCGGGCUACUGCAGACGAUGCUGAUGAACACCAGGCCCAGUUUGGGUAUUGGGUUGAUGGCUCUUGUUGCAUUGAGUGUCCCCACAUCAACGGUCUUGAUCAUUUUUCAUUUGAUGGAAGCAGCAAAAGGGGUCUUAUCUGGCAUCUGAUUGGUUGUAUGGGACCCACUCCAAAUAGGCCCCACCAUGUUAAUGGCCCAGACUAGCCUCUUCGCCAACGGUCCAUAUUCAUUUUACACAUGGGGCUCAAGGGAUGAGUGGGCCAACCUGAUUUAAGGGGUUGGGGUAUCUAAAUGGUGCUUCCCAUCUGACGAAUUGAUUGGAUCUCACGUGUGCCAAAAUUUGUACGUGUGAUAAGCUUUUUUAAUAUAUAGUCUUUAUUGUUUUUUUUUUGAGAUGCGAAUAAUUUCCUAUCAUCGACACGUUUUUAAAUGGGGUAUCCAGAUGAAUGGGAGGGAUACAACCAAUGUAUGCCACGUGUACGGUUUUAAAUUGCCAGGUGGAGUAGGAGCAUCCCAAACGCAAUCAGAGGGAGUCUUUAAAACCAUCAGCUGCAGAAGCGGAUGAGCUGGUGUACAAUACCGCCGACCUCGCUGAUGGGCGCGGAUUAGCUACUGACAGGUUUAGUAGCGAGACUCGCUACUGAAGUGACGUCACCAAGUUCCAUGGGCCCCGCCAUGGUGUAUGUUUUGUAUCCACACCUUCCAUA